AUGAAACUCACAGUCGCUGUAUUGACAUCACUUUUGGUCGCUUGCUCGGUUACUACAGCCAAUCCCAUUCUUCCCAGUGCGACUACAAGUACUGAAUCUAGCUCUUUGCCAGCUCCUAAUGGAAACGGUAUAGGCUUACAGGGUCUUGAUUCACUUCCAGCUGAAGUCGAAAGCCUGCUCGAAAAAUACUCAAAAAAGCGAGGCAAAUAUUCUAUACAAUUAGAAUUAUGCAAAUCAAUAGAAUCUCAACUUACCGAGCAACAGAGAUUGGUAACGCUUCUGGAAAAAGAGGUUGGAAAAUUGAGAACUGUACUUCAAAGUGGUGACGGCGAUCUAAGACGUGGUCGUAAUGACCUCGUGAAGCUCGUUUUCGGAGCGUCUUACAAUGCUAAAUUGCUUGAUGAACAAUUUUGGGAAAUCCUCGCACAUUCUACCGUUGAUGCUUAUUUGGAAACAUGUGAUGGAGAACAAUCAUCAGGAUGCAAAAAGAGUUCUGCUCAAGCUCCUAGUGAUCAACAAGAAAGUCAAGCUCCACAACCAUCACCUGAAGCAUCACCAGAAACAUCAUCAGAAACAUCAUCACCUGAAGCAUCACCUGAAUCUAGUUCCAUGGGACAAACACUUUCCACUAUUGGGAGUAAUGUUGUUUCCAGAGUUAGCGGUGGGGCUCAAUUCCUUUGGGGUCAAAUCAUGCAUGACAACUAA